AUGGCUCCGAAACCGUCCGUCAAAGGCAAGCCCUCCUCGGGAGGCGACUCGAAAAAGUCAGGCAAGCCGCUGUCGUCGUCGUCGAAAGUGAACAAGAAGAAUGUCAAGCGUCCGCCGCCCAAGGAAGUCAAGGCGAAGGCUCGCACGGAACCGAGCCAGUUGAAGAAGACCAAGAAGAGAGAAUACACCGAGGCCGAGCUGGGUAUCCCUGAGUUAAAUGCGAUCACGCCUGUGGGUGUUGUGAAGCCUAAGGGCAAGAAGAAGGGAAAGACGUUUGUGGAUGAUCGGGACGGAGUUGCUACGAUCAUUGCCAUGGUCAAUGCUGAGAAGGAGGGCCAGAUCGAGUCGAAGAUGAUGAAGGCUCGUCAGCUGGAGGAGCUGCGUGAACUCCGGAAGAAGGAGACCGAGGCUCGACAAGCGGAGAAGAAGAAGAAACUGGAUGCGACGAAAGACUCGAUCCGUAAUAAGAAGAAGCCCGGCAGUGAGAACAGCGCACGAUCCGGCGGCUCGGACUCGAAGUCCAAGGGGGACUCGAAGUCCAAGGGGGACUCGAAGUCCAAGGGGAAGAGAAAGAGCGUUUCUUUUGCUUAA